CUCACGCUUCGGAUCACAGCAGCCAACUUGUUUAGGAACCAUGUCGGAGCAGAGCGUGAAGGAGCUUGCGCCGUCAAUUGACGUCAAGGACCUCAGCUACGCCUUCCCGGAUGGCUCCACCGGGCUCCGAGAGGUCUUCCUCAACCUGCCUCCGGGCAGCAGGACCUUGCUCAUAGGAGCAAACGGCGCCGGCAAGACGACGCUCCUCCGCCUUCUCUCUGGCAAGCGCAUGGCACCCGCAGGCACCGUCGCCAUCGCCGGCGUCGACCCCUUCAAGUUCGGACUAGAAGGCGUCACAUACCUCGGUCUCGAAUGGGUGCUGAAUCCCAUUGUACGCACCGACAUCGACGUCCCUACGCUUCUCUCCUCCGUCGGCGGCGAUUACUAUUCCGAGCGCCGUGACGAGCUCGUGCGGAUACUAGACAUCGACCUUUCGUGGAGGAUGCACUCCGUCUCGGAUGGCGAGAGGAGGAGGGUGCAGCUGGCCAUGGGGCUGCUGAGGCCCUGGACAAUACUGCUGCUGGACGAGAUUACGGUUGAUCUAGAUCUGCUCUCGCGGUCCAAUUUCCUCGCCUUCUUGAAGCGGGAGACGGAGACGCGAGCCUGCACCAUCGUCUAUGCUACGCAUAUUCUGGAUAAUCUGGCAACAUGGCCCACGCAUCUCGUGCACAUGGCGCUGGGCAAGGUGAAGAAGUGGGGCAGCAUGGAGGAGCUGAACGUGACGCCCGAGCUGGACACAAGAGUCAUCUCAGGCAACAGCCAGCUGGGCGAACUUGUCCUCCGCUGGCUGCAGGAAGAUUUGGACGAGAGAGGCCCGAGGAAUGGCAACAGCUCCGAAGGAAAGACAUACGAGAAUUUAGAAGGCAAAGGUGGGUAUGGCGCGGAGAAGCGCGAUUAAGCCGAGCCGAUUCGAUUCGAUGACCUGCUUCAACAAUGCAGUGUCCAGCGUGGUGAGCAUUGGGCGUUUUGGUUAAAACUCAACGACAAUACCCCGUUUCGUACUUCAACAUGG